AUGGCCCAGCCCUAUGAUUCCCUGGAGCUCCGAGCCCUGGAUAGAAUGGGAGCCCAGGGUGUCCUGGCUCAGUUCUCUGUCCCGCUGUUUGAUCAGCAUCACCAGAGUUGGGCUUGGAGGGCCCUUCCCCCCAAGUCACCUAGCGAGCCCGAGGGCGUGUGUGUCCGUCUCCACUCAUUUGUACUUUCCUCCGCCAGGUCGCCAUGGUUGCUGCUGGCCCCCUUGCUGUCCCCUGGGGUCCCCCAGGCCCCCUCCCCGCCCUGCUGCCUGUGUCCGGAGGCCGUGCACAGGUUCCAGUGGGUCCGCAGCCUGGUCCCUGAGUUCGGUGUCUGUAGCGCGCAUGUCAAGGUGCUGUCUGCCCCGGCUGAGUUCUUCGAGCUUAUGAAGGGGCAGAUAAAGACAGCCCGGAGGCGAGUGGUGAUGGCGUCCCUCUACCUGGGGACUGGCCCUUUGGAACAGGAGCUGGUGGACUGUCUGGAAAGCGCCCUGGAGAAGUCCCUCCGCGCCAGUCUGCCCUCGGACCUCAGGGUCUCCAUCCUCUUAGACUUCACGCGUGGCUCCAGAGGCAGGAAGAACUCGCGAACCAUGCUGCUGCCGCUGCUCCGCAGGUUCCCUGAGCAGGUGCGCGUCUCCCUCUUCCAUACCCCCAACCUGCGUGGCCUCCUCCGCCUCCUGCUGCCCGAGCGCUUCAACGAGACCAUCGGGCUGCAGCACAUCAAGGUCUACCUGUUCGACAACAGCGUCCUCCUGAGCGGCGCAAACCUGAGUGACUCCUACUUCACCAACCGCCAGGACCGCUACGUCUUCCUGCAGGACUGCCCUGAGAUCGCUGACUUCUUCACGGAGCUGGUGGAUGCCGUGGGGGACGUGUCCCUGCAGCUACAGGGCGAUGACACGGUGCACGUGGUGGAGGGGAUGGUGCACCCCUACAAAGGUGACCGGGCUGCGUACUGUGAGGCCGCCAACAAGAGAGUCAUGGAUGUGAUCCACUCGGCGCGGACCCGCCAGCAGCUGCUGCAUGCCCAGACCUUCCACGGCGACUCCCUCCUGACGCAGGGGGACGCCGCAGCUGCCGGAGACCGCAGGCCGGCGCCCGACACCUGGAUCUACCCGCUGAUCCAGAUGAAGCCCUUUAAGAUCCAGAUCGACGAGGUGGUCACCGAGACCCUGCUUACCGAGGCCGAGCGCGGCGCCCGCGUCUGCCUGACCACAGGCUACUUCAACCUGACGCAGGCCUACAUGGACCUGGUCCUGGGCACGAGGCCCGAGUACCACAUCCUGCUGGCCUCGCCCGAGGUGAAUGGCUUCUUUGGGGCCAAGGGCGUGGCUGGCGCCAUCCCUGCGGCAUAUGUCCACAUCGAGCGGCAGUUCUUCCACCAGGUGCACAGCCUGGGCCAGCAAGAGCGUGUGCGUCUGCAGGAGUACUGGCGGCCUGGCUGGACCUUUCACGCCAAAGGCCUCUGGCUCUACCUGGCAGGGAGCAGCCUGCCCUGCCUCACGCUGAUUGGCUCUCCUAAUUUUGGGUACAGGUCAGUUCACCGGGACCUGGAGGCCCAGAUUGCCAUUGUGACAGAGAGCCCCACCCUGCAGCAGCAGCUCCACCAGGAGCAGGAGCAGCUCUACCUGAGCUCAGGUGUCGUGUCAGCGGCCACCUUUGAGCAGCCAAGCCGGCAGGUGAAGCUGUGGGUGAAGAUGGUGACACCUCUGAUUAAGAACUUCUUCUGAGUCCAGGGAUGGCCUUGAUGAAGAUGACGGGCAUGGCCGGGGUCAGCUCUUUCAGCCGCGCCUCUGCGAUGACGCCAGUCUGUGUGUCCCAGCGAGCGCCUGCGGGGGCAGCAUGGCACUUCAGAGGCCCCUGGCAGACGCGGUCCUGCCCAGGCCCUGCUGAUGGCGUCGCAUGGCUGCCCCCAGUGCUGAAGACAGCUUGCUCUGAGCCCCACCUCGGGCCCCGUGUGCCACCUCCACCCUGCCUGUCCCUGUGCAGCCCAGGCGCUGCAUGCUCCGUGGAACCCACCUGCUGCUAGCGUGCCCACUGUCCCCUGCACCCUAUUUAAGGAUAUGCGGCAUUCCAUCUAACCUCAAUAAACACAAGAAUGGCC